AUGAAAUAUCAUCUGCUUUUUUUAUUCUUCGUGUUGACCGCAAUUUCAACAAUCAACGCUGUUCCGCACUUACACAAAAAAGGAAAGACCGAGUUUAGAAAAUGUCCUCUUCCUGUCAAAAGUACUACACCGACAAUAACAAUAUCGCCAGAUCUUAUCGUUGCUGGUCAACUCGUUGAAUUUUCGAUUUCUGGAGUUGAGCUUUCCAAGGCCGUACCAAUUUACAUUGCUUUUUACAAAGACGUCGUACUUGCACUACAGACUCCCACCGCUCUUAUAAGUAAAGUUGACAAUCCUAUUACAGUUAAAGCACCGCCGUCCUUGCCGGAAGAUUAUACUGUGGUAAUCGGAUUUACCGACAUCUUAUCAGGCUCCAAACCACGCAUUUACUGUGCACUGGCUGCAGUUGGAGGAUCAAGUCAUGUGUCGGUCGAAGUUAUCGAAAAACUUCUUUCUCUCCAUCACCAUUAA